GCGAAGAAUCCAGAGAGAUUGACAAUGUACAGGAUAUGAGCGAAAACUUUAUUGUGAAAGAAAUGUUCAACAACAGUGUUGCGCAAGAAUUGCGUGACAACGACAUUGAGAAGGAGGAAUCUAGGGACGACGAUGAGGAGGAGGAAAAAUCAAGCGACGACGAUGAUGAUGAGGAGGAAUUGAGCGAGGAUGAGGAUUCAAACGACACAGACUCCGAGGAUGAUGAAGGAAAGGAAGAUGAGGUCGUCUGCGAACAGCGAUGUCACUGGGAUAAGGUGGACCAGGAUUUUCGGGAUAGGCACUCUGCUGAUGUUAGGAUCAGAAAAGGGGGCAAAUGUGUCCAUGUCCUCAGGGAUCUGCCUGUCGUUGUACCAGUCCGGAAGAGAAAGGGCAKAAUGAUCCGACAUAGGYUGCGGGUGUUGUUCCUGCGCUUUUUGGCUCUCUGCCUCUUGCUGCCAGAACAUAUGGAGUUGAAGUUGCUGCUGCUGCAGAACUUGUUGCUGUUGACAGCAAAGCUGGGGCUGCCAAUGCAAGUGCAAGUGUUGGAGCAACAGAUGCUGAUGUGUCAGCCUAUCCUGGUAUUGUUGCUGUUGAUAUUGCGCCAGCUGUGCUUGGAGCAGCCGCCGGAGGUGCUCCUCACAGUCAUUCUGUUGCAUGCAUUGCUGUUGCUGCUGUCGCUGGUCCUGCAUUUGCAUUUGAGGCAUAAUGUCGUUAUGCUGCUGCUGUUGCGGCAAGUAAUCCUGUUGUCGCGGGUUUUGUUGUUGGAGGUGGCUCUCCGCCGGCGGGGCCUGGAUGUUGUGCAUGAAUUGCAGCUGCACCUGCUGCUGCUGCAGGGCCAACAGCGAUCGAGGCAGGUGAUGGUUUUCCUCUUGCUGCGGGCAGGUAAGCGGCUGAUGGUGCUGUGUGGGACCUUGUUGCUGGUGCUGGCAGGCCUCGUGUUGUUGUUGUGGGUGCACCCAGGUCUGCUGCCACUUCUCUACAUGUUGUUGUUGUUGUUGGUCAUGCAAUUGGAGGGUCUGAUGAUAUGCAAGGUGGUCCAAUUGCAGCGUGUCGGAUGGAUACCCAGGUCACUCCGGCGGGCGGAUCCAUCCGCUGUCCUGAAUGGACUGCUUCCCCUGUGGAGCCGUGGCUUGUUGGCGAAGGGGCGGGCGAAGAUAGUGGACAGGACGCAUAAGGAAGCAGACACCGGGUCAAUAGAGGAGAAAGCGAUGGUAGAUGAAGAGAUCGGGAAAGUUGAGGGGAGGGCGGGGGUAUGGCACGGAUUAAGAACGGUAGCAGACGAGGGGAUCGUGAAGAUCGAAGGAGAUGAAGAGAUCGGGAAAGUCGAGAAGAUCGAAGGGAGGGGGUGCAAAACGGGGAAGGUCACUGCAGAGGUUAAACGGGCGAAGCUAGAAGUUCAGGAAGUGCUCGCAUGUAUCAGUCACGUGACAGUAUUAUGGAAAAGGGGGCCAGACACAUCGAAAGUUGGAUUCCCCACUCGAGAGGAGGAGGAGGAGGAGGAGGAGGAGGAGGAGGAGGAGGAGGAGGAAGAGGAGGAGGAGGAGGAAGAGGAGGAAGAGGAGGAAGAGAAGGAAGAGGAGGAUAUGGAGGAAGAGGAGGAGGCAGUCCCAUUCCAUUUUCUGACCUCACUAGGAAAGUACGAACCAUAAGGAGAGCUCAGUUGUUCAGUGCUCAUAGCAAGCACAGAUGUUGGAGCCCCAAAUCCAAAG